AUGACACCAAAAGGGUUUGCCUUUGAACUGCUGCUGCUGUUCUGCGUGUUGCAUCGCGUCCAGUUGGCACUAGCAGUCGAUGCAUGUGGCACUGGCGGCGUGUGCGAUUGCUCGUCGGCCAUUGCUAUUAAUUGCAAAGGCAGGGCUCUCUCGACCAUUCCAAGCGGAAUCCCAGUUGGCGUAACGCACCUGUCUCUGUACAACAACACGAUCAGCAGCAUUCCCGCCUUUGCAUUCACAGCCCUGGCUGCGCUCAAGGAGGUGGAUCUGCAAAGCAACCAGAUCACCGCCAUAUCCCCAGACGCAUUCGCGGGUUUGACUUCGCUGAACUCAUUAUAUUUGUCCGACAACCCCAUCACAAGCAUUUCUGCGAACGCGUUCAGCGAUCUGACUGAACUGAGUUACUUACAUCUGAGCUACACCCAGCUCACCGACAUUUCAGCAAACGCAUUCACAACUUUACCCGCGUUGGUGAGCCUGAAUUUAGAAUUCACCCAGAUUACCACCAUUUCUGCAGCCGCAUUUACCAGCCUGGCUAAGCUGAAGAACCUAUAUCUGAACAAUAACCAGAUCACCAGCGUUCCCGAAUCUGCUUUCACAGGCCUGACUGCACUGGUUUCCUUGGAACUCGAUAACAACCAGAUUACAAGCAUUUCCGCAUUGGCUUUCGCAAACCUGACUGCGCUGUCCUAUUUGGGUCUGGCCAACAAUCGGAUUACCGGCAUCUCUGAAAACACAUUUACAGGCCUGACUGCGCUGGCUGCCCUAUAUCUGCUCGACAAUCAGAUCACCAGCAUUUCCGCAAACGCAUUCACAGACCUGACUGCCCUGACAACUUUAUCUCUGGCACUCAACCAGAUCACCAGCAUUUCCGCCAACGCAUUCACGGGCUUGACUACGCUCGCGGGCUUAUCUCUGGCACUCAACCAGAUCACCGGCAUUUCCGCCAACGCAUUCACGGGCUUGACUACGCUCGCGGGCUUGGAUCUGGCACUCAACCAGAUCACUGGUAUUUCUACCAACGCAUUCACCGGCUUGACGACGCUCGCGGUCUUGCGACUCGACAACAACCAGAUCGCCAGCAUUUCCGCCAACGCAUUCACAGGCCUGACUAUGCUGUUCUAUUUGACUUUGCAUAACAAUUCCUUCACCACUUUGCCGCCUGGUCUGUUUAAGGGCUUGCGAAACGGCUUGUGUUUGUCCAUGGAAACUUCACCGUUCCAACUCUUCCUAUAUCUACGCCCCAACAAUUUCACCUUUGGUGGAAACACUGUCGCUCCGCCGAGCACAUACGGCAAUGCAUCCUAUCCUUACCGGAACGGUUCGUGUUGCGGGACCAAUUGCCUGACCUGCACCUCGUCCGAUCCCUGCACUCAGUGCUACGAAGGAUACGGCAUGGUGACUGGAUCCUGUGUUCCGCUCGCCUCCAUCGCCUCAAUCGCGUCUACGCAAUCUGCCUCGGCUGCUUCAGUUGCCUCUGACGUUUCCGCCGCCUCGACGUCCUUUGCGUCAAUUGCCUCACAAGUUUCCGCAUCAGCCGCCAGUGCUUCAUCUGCAUGGCAGACGUCUGCUGCAUCUGCUGCCCCUCAUCUUGUUGGCUGCGCUGGUUGUGGCUCUUCGGCGUCGCCGCUCACCAAAGGCAUUGGCCACCACCAGCACGGCCACCAGACUUACCAGUCGGUUGAUUCCAGCAACACUGUGUCCAACGUUGUGAAUCCAACCUAUGCAGCAUUGUCUGGCACUGACAACCAUGCUCUGUAUGAAGAUGUUGGCUCGGCGCGCCUGGCCCCUGUCGGUGCGUCGGAACAGGUGUAUGCCGAAGCAUCCAGUACAACACAACCGUCAGGUAGCAGUGGCAUCGAGUACGCCGAUCCUUCGCUGCCCAACGCCUCCUCCGUUCGUGCGCAGUCCGCGUCCUCACCAACUUUUUAUGCGACGGUAGCUGCUGUACCAUCCGAGCAGACCUACGAAGCUGUGUCUGCUACUGGCACCCAUGCCGUGUACGAAGAUGCCGGCUCAAAGCCCCAAGCUCCUGCAGGCUCAUCGGAACUGCAGGAUACUGACGCAGCCGUGUCUGCAUCCGGUGUCGAGUACGCCAAUCCUUCGCUGCCCGAUCCCUCGUCUGUUCGUGUGCCAACCGCGUCCUCACCAACUUCUUACGCGACGGUCGCUGUCGUACCUUCCACGCAGACCGGGAAUGUCGACUACGCGUCGAUCACAAACUAA